CACAGCGUGGGCCAACCAGAGGCGAGGGCAGGGGCGAGGCUGGAGCCAGGCGGGGAGGGAAGGGCGUCGCCCCAGAGGCCGCAGCACUGCAGGACCGCGCGCCCCACGCUUUCCUCUCUGCUCCGAGUCCGCGCCGGCGCGUCUGUUCCACUCCAACAUGGCCAAAGUGUCUAGCCCCACGGAGACGGAGCGGUGCAUCGAGUCCCUGAUCGCCGUGUUCCAGAGGUAUGCUGGGCAGGAUGGGCACGGCCUCACGCUCUCCAAGAGGGAAUUCCUGAACUUCAUGAACACGGAACUGAGCGCCUUCACAAAGCACCAGAAGGACCCCGGUGUCCUGGACCGCAUGAUGAAGAAACUGGACCUGAACUCCGACGGACAGCUCGAUUUCCAGGAAUUUCUUAACCUGGUGGGCGGCCUCGCUCAGGCUUGCCACGACUCUUUCAUGAAACGCGCCCGCUAGCAAGCCUGAGGAGCCCUGCAGCCUGGCCUCCACGCCCAGCCCCCACACACCCUGAGCCAAGCGCCCCCACCACCCUGCAGGCCCAGUGCCCCCACCACCCCGCAGGCCACUCCCGCCCUAAUAAAACUGUAUGGUUUUUUUAAACAA